AUGAAAGAAAUAAUGAAACGGUUGCGUCGGCGUGAGGCUCGCACUGCUGCCUUGAGUGGCCUGCCCCCUGCUUCCGCCUCAACAUCUACAGUAGCUGCUACUGGAUUGCUUUAUCAGAAUAGUCUUCCAAUGACCACUUGUCCUGGUUCCAGCACUAGUAAUCAGAGCAACACGGGCUGCAAUGCAGGGGGCAAUCAUAGUGAUAAUAGAACUCGUCAGACUUCGGCUUGGCGAACUCGUGGUGGUCGAGCAACUGCAACUGCUCUUGCUGCUAGUGGCACAGCUGGAUAUAACAGCGAUGCCAAGCCGGAUCCCCAAAGCAACAGCUUAAAUGGCCUGCUUUCUGCGCACAAAGGAUCUUCAGCAAGAAACAGCAGUACUUCGUCCAAAGCUCAUUCCCGGACAUCGGCAUUGUCAUCAGGCAAGCGUGGCUUUUAG